UAAACGUGGUUUUGCCUCGCGCUCCAGACGUGUCUGCGCCAAUCAGUGAGUGCCGACUAGCUGUUGGCGCCUCGUCUGAGCCAGCGGGUUUUGAACAAAAAUGAGUACAUAUGCUUUUCGAGUAAAAACAUGGCUCUCGUCUACUUGGCAUGUUAAAGUUCCAGAUCCUUGGUUAGAAGCUUGCAUUAAUUGGAUUUUGGAAGAAUACAGUGGUUCUUCAUUAUCUCAGGCUGAAAUUAAUAAACAAGUUUUUGAGCAAUGGCUUCUUGCAGAUUUAAGAGAUUUAGAUUUCCCAGUGUUACCAGCUGGUAUCUUGAAUUCUCUAAAAUUUGAACUGAAUGGUUUUUAUGCCAUACAGAUAGACUCAUUAGUUGAUGUCAGCCUACCUGCAUAUUCACAGCUUCAAAAUUUAAGAGGACGAGGCAAUGGAAACGACCAAGUUACUGCCAAAACACAAGUAACACAGCAGCCAUGGGAAGCAAAACCAUCCCGAAUGCUCAUGCUGCAGCUGUCUGAUGGAACACAAAAUGUUCAAGGGAUGGAAUACCAGUCUGUACCAGCUCUUCAUGUUGGACUAUCACCAGGCACCAAAAUUUUGCUACAGGGUACUAUUAAUUGUCGUCUGGGUGUCCUGUUGCUUAAACCAGAGAAUGUGAAAGUGCUUGGUGGAGAAGUGGAAGCUCUUUUAGAGGAGAAUUCACAAGUAAAAGUUAUUUCAAGACUUAUUGGAAUAGAGGAAAACACACUGCCACAGAGGACAACCGGGGAAGGUCAGAGUGCAGUAAGGCAGCAGGAUGCAAUAGAGCAAGCACUAGGUUUAUCAGAUGAAGAUUUGUUAGCAAGCCUGAAUGAGAAUGAUGAAUUAACACUCAACAACAACACAGUUCCUGAAAGUGGGUAUCAUAGUAGAAGCGAUAGUUCAAGUUACAGCGCAAGUGUUCCACAGCUGGACCGGGAAUUACAUAUGCCAAGAACAAGACAGUCCCACAUUCCAGCUUCUAAUGAAACUAAUCAGGUGAUUGUAAGAGAUGAUUUUGAGGAAGUAUAUGAUUUAGAUGAUGAUUUAUUUUUGGAGGAAGAAAUACAGAGAGAAUUGGAGGAGAUAUCUAUGAAUCAGACAGAGACAAUAAAUAGAAAUCAGAAUGUCUCUACAGAAAGAUUUACUCCUACAGCUAUCACUCCAAAUGUGCCAUCUACCAGUCGGUCUGUGUCCAUUGAUCUGGAUAGUCCUCCGUUCACUUAUUUGUCUGUUUUCGUUGAUGACAAAAGUGGUACAAUCCAACAGAUAAAGCUAAAGGCCUUUAUUGUAACUCUUAUAGGAAAUCUCACAAGCAGCAGUGGCUUUUGGAGUGUAAAGGCUAAAAUAUCUGAUGGAACUGGUUACAUGGAUGUUGAAAUCAGUAAUGAUGUCCUUAUAAAACUUAUAGGGUUUUCAGUUCCAGAGAUGAAAAAGCUUAAAAAGGAUCCUACCCAGCAGAGCAGACUUAAGUCUGGGAUUCUGAAAUGUCAGGCAGAACUUACUGACUUCUGUGGCAUAAUGACUAUUUCUUGCAAACCCCCAACAGUAGUGGCUUUAGAGGAUGUCACUGAUGAAACUAGAAUGCAAUUAAUAAGGCGGCUAACGUAA